AUGUCAUCCUCCGACGAAUACGAUCUCUUGGUCAUCGGUGCCGGUUCUGGCGGUGUCCGUGCCUCACGAAUUGCUGCUGGAUAUGGCGCCAAAGUGGCAGUCAUCGAACCGCAACUCCAACACGGAGCUCCCAAUUACUCUGCCAUUGGUGGAACAUGCGUCAACGUUGGAUGCGUUCCCAAGAAGCUAAUGGUCUUUGCUUCCAGAUAUCCUGAUGAAAUUGGACUCUCGGGAGGCUUUGGCUGGGAGGGAGCCACGACUGGAUCCUUCAAUUGGGACAAAUUUAUGGAAGCGAAAAACAAAGAAAUCAGUCGGCUGAACCGAGUCUACAAGGACUUUAUUCUGGGCAAGGCCGGAGUGGAAAUCAUUGAAGGCUUUGGUACUCUGAAUGGCAAGAAUGCGGUCGACGUCAAGUCCACUGCCACUGGCGAAACCACCACCCUCAAAGCCAAGAAUAUCUUGAUUGCCGUGGGCGGAUGGCCCUUUUUGCCCAAGAUUCCCGGCAUUGAACACGCCAUUACUUCCAACGAAAUUUUCUAUUUGGAAAAGCAACCCAAACGCAUGGUCAUUGUCGGUGGUGGUUACAUUGCCCUUGAAUUUGCCUGCAUCAUGGCCGGCUUGGGCACCAAGGUCGACGUCAUGUACCGCAAGGAAUUGUUUUUGCGAGGCUUUGACAUGGACGUUCGUUUGCACCUCAAGGAAGAAAUGGAAAAGAUCCCCAAUGUGACCCUUCACUUCUCCAUGAAUCCCAAGGAAAUUGUCAAAAAGGACGACGGCAGCUAUACUGUCAAUACCGAGUGCGGCGCCUCUAUGGAAACUGAUGAGGUCAUGUUUGCCACGGGUCGUACCGGCAAGGUGGAUGGUUUGAAUUUGGAAUCGGCCGGCAUUGAAACCAAGGGAACUUUCAUUCCCGUCAAUGACUACUCCAAAACCAAUGUCGACAAUAUCUAUGCCGUCGGUGACAUUACCGACCGAAUGGCACUGACACCUGUUGCCUUGAUGGAAGGUCACCGUUUGGCUGAUACCUUGUUUGGUGGCAAGGACCGACCUGUUGACCACAAGAUGGUGGCGUCCGCAGUCUUUACCAAUCCCGAAAUUGGUAGCAUUGGAUACACGGAAGAAGAAGCCGUGGAAAAAUUCAAGAAUGUUACGAUCUACAAGACGUCCUUCAAGGCCAUGAAGGUGUCCUUCCCAGGAGGCUCGAGCAAGACGCUCUUCAAGUUGAUUGUGGACGAUGCGACCCAAAAAGUGGUGGGUUGCCACAUGGCCACCAAUGGAGCUGGGGAAAUGAUGCAAGGAGUUGCCGUUGCCAUUAAAAUGGGAGCUACCAAGGAAGAUUUUGAUUCUACCAUUGGAAUUCAUCCCACUUCGGCAGAAGAAUUGGUCACGAUGCGAACACCUGCCUACUCGUACAAGGAUGGAGUCAAGGUGGAAAAGUGA